CCGCGCCUGAGUCUAGUGCGGAGUCCCUGGGGCCGCGUGGGGAGAGCGGUGGAACCCGGCUGAGCGAUGGCGCUUUUUCGGAUUGCCAGAUAUGAGGAACAAGAAAAUGUGACCAACACCGAGGAGCGAGCCCAGGUGCUCCUGCAGAGACUUCAAGUUCAGGCCCGGGAACGGCAGCUGAGGAAGCAAAAGCAGCAGGAGGCCAAGGCCAAGGCCAGCCCCCCUGGGGACAAGAUCCCAGGAUCCCCCAAGCCUGCACACCCCAGCCCAAGUUCUCCAGUCCCUCAGGAACCUAAAAGAAAAGCCAAAAAGAGGAAGCGGGGGGAUGGGAGCCCCCACAGGUUAGAAAAGUCAGCAUCAGAGACAGAGGCCGAGUCCAGUCCAAGAGGGACCGGCAGCUCCAGAAAACCCAAGGGAAAGAAGAAAAAGAAAACUGGGAAGAAGGAUCCAGAGGCUGCUGCAGGCAGUGAAAAGCAGGAAAAAGAAAAGGAUCCACCAGAAGCCUCAGAGCCCUCGGGAGAGACCAGUGAACCCCCACAUAGCGCCCUCGUUCUGGGAGUGCCCAAUAAAAAGGCCCUUCCAAAGGUCCAGCCUUUCUUACCCAAAUGGCUCGCUGAGCCCAGCCGGGUCCAAAAAAGUGUCAAAAACGACCUCAUCCCAAUCCAGGAUAUCCCAGGAAUCCAUCCUUGCCUACAAAAGAAACUAAAGACCAAUGGCAUCUUAUCCUAUUUUCCAGUGCAGGCCGCGGUGAUUCCCGCCCUCCUGGAGAGUGCGUCCCAUGGAUUCCUGGUGGGGAAAGGUGGCUACCAGCCCAGUGACAUCUGUGUGUCUGCCCCAACAGGCAGUGGGAAAACACUGUCCUUUGUCAUCCCUGUGAUCCAGGUCCUGUUGGAGCGUGUAGUGUGUCACAUACGGGCCCUGGUGGUGCUGCCGACGAAGGAGCUGGCCCAGCAGGUGAGCAAAGUAUUCAAUGUUUAUGCCGAUGGCACGGGUCUGCGCGUUGCCCAGAUCACGGGGCAGAAAUCUCUGGCAAAGGAGCAGGAGAUCCUCGUCCAGAAGACGGACUCCGGGUACUGCAGCCUGGCAGACAUCGUCGUGGCCACCCCCGGCCGGCUGGUGGAUCACAUCGAUCAGACGCCAGGGUUCAGCCUCAGGCAAUUGCGCUUUCUGAUCAUCGAUGAAGCCGACCGAAUGAUUGACAGCAUGCACCAGUCCUGGCUGCCACGGGUGGUAAAAGCAGUUUUCCAUGGCGACGAUGCCCCAGGCUCCAGCCCACUCUUCCAGAGGGUGGCACCCCGAGCUAUAACUGCUGCCAGCACGAGCCAGCCUCAGAUGCCGCUCCAGAAGCUGCUGUUCUCGGCCACACUGACGAGGAACCCUGAAAAACUGCAGGAGUUGGGCCUCUACCAGCCCCGGCUCUUCUCCACUGGCCUGGAGAGCCAAGAAUCCACGGCUCAGCCAGGGAUCGAGCAGGACAUGGAGGGGAAGUACGCCUUCCCUGCAGGGCUCUCGCAUUUCUACGUGCCCUGCAGCCUCAACUCCAAGCCACUGGUCAUCCUGCACUUGAUACGGAAUUUGAAGUUCUCCCGAGUUCUCUGCUUCACCAACUCCCGGGAGCACUCACACAGGCUGUUCCUGCUGGUCAAGGCCUUUGGAGGGAUCCCCGUAGCCGAGUUCUCCUCCAGGUUCGGGCCUGGCCAGAGGAAGAUGAUCCUGAAGCAGUUUGAGCAGGGCAAGAUUCAGCUCCUGAUCAGCACCGACGCCACUGCUCGAGGCAUCGACGUGAAAGGAGUGAAACUGGUCAUCAACUACGAUGCCCCGCAGUACAUCAGGACCUACGUGCACCGGGUGGGCCGAACAGCCAGAGCUGGGCACACGGGGCUGGCAUUCACUCUGCUCCUGAAAGUACAGGAGCAGAAAUUCCUUCAGAUGUUGAGAGAAGCGAGAGCCCCGGAGCUGGGGAAGCAUCUAGUUCGGAGUGAGCACCUGAAGUCCCUCGUGCCUCAGUAUGAAGAAGCGCUGUCUGAGCUCCAGAAAACCAUCCGGAAUGAAUGGAAGCAGAAGAAGGCCUGAGUCUGGCAGGGAUGGACGGUGUGCGCUGGGCGAAGCCCAAGGAGGCAUUGUGGGAACAGGGUCAAGAGCUGCUGAUCCACUGGCUUCGGGGACUGAUGUGUGCCUGCUGCCAGAUAGGUGUGAUCUGGGGACUUGAUCACUGUCUGGAACUUGCCCAGUAACGGCUAGGCCAGCAAUCAUCGCAGGAAUGGGGGUAGAAGACUUUAAUUUUUUAAAGAAAACAGAGGCUUUGUACUUAUUUUGAUAGAAACAAGUAUUGUUCCCUAGUGAAGUAAGAAAAAGUACAUCCAGGCUGGUUCUGGACGAAUAUAGAGGAGGGGACAUUCUCCUGGCCAAGCACUAGUAUAUAGCUUGCACCCCUAAACUUCAGAUUGAUGCCAGAGCUGCUGGGGGCCAGAGAUCAGAGAAGAGUCGGGACCUUCACAGAGACAAAAUCAAGGACUUGAGAAAUGGAAACCACAUGCACCCCAUUGGAGAUGAAGAGAAAUGAUUAAGACCAACAGGCUGGAUUCAAGUCAGCUGUCAACUCAUGUCAGUGAGCGCCUACCAUGUAUAAGGUGCUACGGGAUGAGGGGGAGGCAGACGUCGCUCCAUGUGCACGAACCCCUUGGUGCCUCUAGACUGUUUAUUCAUUACAAGUUUCUAAAAUUA